AUGGAGCCCAAACAAUCCAAACCCAAGUUGGUGGCUCAGCGCAGAGUGUACGGGAAACGGAGAGCCGAUGCCCCUAGGGCAGUAUUUGACCAAGGAAGCCCGGCCAGAGAAACCAGAUCCACAACCCAACGUUUUGACCCUGUGGAAAGCCUCCAAGCGAAACUAGCCCAAGUAACAAUCGACGAUGACGCAACCCCUGAACCAGACAAUAUUGCAGAGCCUCCGAACAUCAAGAGCAUACAGCAGCAAGAGUUGACGGAAAUUUCCUAUGAUAAGCUGAGUUCGUCCACGAUAGAGGACACUUCGGAUACCCCGACAACGCAAUCGGUCGUCGAAUCCUCCCCGGAGGCGAAGCCAAAAUCAAAUCGAUGCGAAACGGUGGAGGUUCAAAUAUGCUCGAAGGACUCAGGAAACCUCCCUCAAUUCACAUUAGAUUCCCCAGCUCUGACGUCAGAGUGCACAAGCGAGGAUCGAGAAAAGUCAAGCACAUCUUCCGACAGAAGGAGAGCGGAAAGAAAGAAGAUUCCUGCUCAGAGGCGGUCAUCUGGAGUUGUUCACGACAGCAAAGCCAGCGAUUAUGUUGGCCCGAUUCUGAGUGAGGCAUUAUCUCCAAUUGCCGCGCAAGGCAUUCAGAAGUUCGACUCAUGGGCUUCGCGAUCAGCAAACAUGUUCAAUGUCGCAAAACUCGCAGAGGGAUCCUACGGUGAGGUCUACAAACUUCACCUGCGGGAGGAAGCUUGUAGACCAGUGGUCUCAAAAUCAAAGUUAGCUAGACUGAAAUCAUAUGGCGAUGGAGUCUUCAAGGUCGUGCCUCUGCGAGCCAAGAGCGGCCCCGGAUCCAAAAAGUUUACUACCAUUGAUGAAAUUGUUUCCGAGGUCAAGAUGCUCAAGUAUUUGGACCCCAUCCCUGGCUUUGCUCGCUUUAGAGAGAUUCAUGUUGUUCAAGGUCGUUUCCCAGAGUCAUUCCAAAAUGCAUGGGACUACUACAAGAAAACCAAGGACGACUGCAUGAAUCCCAACCCGUCAAACAAAAGAGCUUAUCCCGACACGCAGCUAUGGGCAAUUGUGGAGAUGGACGAUGCGGGAUGUGAACUAGAGAAGUUCGCUUGGUCAUCGAUCUUCCAGAUCUACGAUAUCUUCUGGGGAGUUGCCAUGGCUCUGGCCCGGGCAGAGGAGUAUGCUAUGUUUGAGCAUCGAGAUCUUCAUUUGGGAAAUGUUUGUAUACGUUCUACGAGGGAAGAUGGUUGCAUGGAUCCGCCCACAGAACUCGAUAUUGCACGUCAUCCGUCCUCUAGUGGAUUUGGAUUCAGCUCCCUUGAAACUACCAUUAUCGACUACUCGCUCUCUCGGGCGGAUCUACUCUUGACCGAUGAUCCCACUGGUCUCACUGAGGUUGCGUCAUCAGAUCUGGACAAAAAGCAAUUAUUCGAUGCUAUUGGCCAAGACGAAGAUGAGAUUAUGCAAAGAAACACCUACCGGUAUAUGCGCGCAACACUCUAUACUGGUUGCCCCCUCGAAACAGAAAAGGUGGCGGAUAUUCCUGGCAUUUGGGCUGAAUAUUCUCCACGCACCAACUUGGUUUGGCUACUGUUCCUACUUCAGAGUCUGUUCAAAAACCGCAAACCUGAAACUUCCCCUGCGCAGCCACAACGAAAGGCUCUUGCAUCUUGCUCACCCAACAAGAUGACACCAAAACCGGAGACAGCCAAAGCAAAAGACCAAAACAUGGCCGGGUCCCUCGUCAAGGAGAGACAAACUAAGGAUGUCCAAUCUGGUAUCUCGCGGCUCAAGCAAACGCUGGAGGGCAGGCUAAAAGCCGUCCUCAAACUUCUCGAUUUGGAGCAUGGACAUGAAGACAUGUGUUGCGCCGCAGAUUUGGUAGCCUACGCGAUGGAUUCGCAAUGGCUGGGUGAGCAAGAUUUUUUCUGA